GCCUUAUAAUUUGACAUGUUCUGUAUUUCAUCGGUGACUCUGAUAUCAAUGCUCUCGCGGAUAAAACAUGAGUUUGUUUGCCUUUGUCUAUCUGUAAAGCAAAGGCGUAACGUGAGUAUAUCGCGAGAAGGUUAUGUGUGGUUAUGUGACAAGAGAAAGAGAAAGAGAAUGAGUAUUGUUAAUUUGCUGUCAAAAUUUUCACGAUUAUCUGUGAACACUCUUCCCAGUGUUCGAAAUAUAUCAACAUGCACCAGUCCGUUAUACUUCAGAGUCAGCAGUGUGCUUUUAGGAGAACCGUUAAAAAGGAAGAAAAGAUUAGAUCCUCAGAUUGCCAGAGCAAGAGUUGAAAGAAAAAAAAAGAAGAUUGAAAAACAAAUUCGUAGGUUACAGAAGAUUGCCAAACAAUUAAAACCAAUCAGUGAAGUAGAAGUACCAUUUAAGUUAAUAGAUGAAAAAGAACAGAGGUUGCGACAUUCUCCACCAUUAUCAGCAGAAGAGAUGGAAUCUAGAAUUUUGUUACAAAAGAAAUGGAAUACAUACAAAACUCGUCAAUAUUUAGCUGAUGUUCAGAUGAUAGAUUCUAUGAUUUGUUCACAGCAAAAAGCACUUGACGAACUUAGAAAGGAGUCAGAAGAAUUAUAUCAAGAAGCAAUACAGGUGGAUCUGGCACUUUUACCCUAUGUGACCAAAGGUCCAUCAAAAACACCUCCAAUAGAAAAUUACGAAAGUCCCGAUGGAGAAUAUGUAAACACUACUCGAAAGUAUGAAGGGGAGGAAUGAAGGAUCGAUGGCGUAGCAAAGAAUGAAUUUUACUCUGUGUCCAAGAACUCGCACAAGGGAAGCGUGUAUUUUCAGAUAAUUCAUCGAAGCAUUGUAUGUUUAAGGAUUUGUAUGUUUAACAUUAUAUAAAUAUAAUAGAACGUAGGAAAUGGUA